UUCCUCUCACACACCAUUUCGCAGACAUCACAAUGGCGGCUUCCCUGUGUCGCUCUCCAAACCCUACAUUCACCCCCUCAAUCACCAGAUCCUCCCUUCCCACUGCCCCUCGCUUUCUCAAAUUCCCCAACGUAUCCCCAUCCCCGGCCCACCCCAUCAAGCUCAGACCACUAACGGCUCAAUCCUCACGCUCCACCGAGUCCUUCGCCACCCCACGCGCCACCGCCACGCCGUCCUCAUCCUCCCCAUCCCCCACCGCCGCCACCUCCUUCCACGGCCUCUGUUACGUCGUCGGGGACAACAUCGACACCGACCAGAUCAUCCCCGCCGAGUACCUCACCCUCGUCCCCUCCAAGCCCGCCGAGUACGAGAAGCUCGGCUCCUACGCGCUCGUCGGCCUCCCCUCCUCAUACACCACCCGCUUUGUGGAGCCCAACGAGACCAAGACGAAGUACUCCAUCGUCAUCGGCGGCUACAACUUCGGAUGCGGCUCGUCCCGCGAGCACGCGCCGGUGGCGCUGGGCGCGGCGGGGGUCGCGGCGGUGGUGGCGGAGUCCUACGCGCGUAUCUUUUUCAGGAACUCAGUGGCCACCGGAGAGGUGUACCCUCUGGAGUCGGAGGGCAGAAUCUGCGAGGAGUGUAAGACCGGCGACACAGUUACGAUCGAGCUCGCCGAGAGCCUUCUGAUCAAUCACACCACCGGCAAGGAGUACAAGUUGAAGCCGAUCGGGGAUGCUGGUCCGGUCAUCGAGGCCGGUGGCAUUUUCGCUUACGCCCGGGCGACCGGCAUGAUUCCCUCCAAUUAAGGGUAGAGAAGAGGGCCCUUUUAAAUUUUACAUGGUGAUGGAUCUUUCCUGCAGAUAUUUGGGACGAGGAGUUUCUCUGUUCUCAUUAUUUUCUCUAAUAAUAAAGGACCAUAGCUCCUGAAACACCCUUGUCUGUCUGUCUCCUCAUGUGUACGUUAUGCCUGUUUUCACUAGGACUUGCAGUUUGAUAGUGCCGUAGCUUUAUGUAAUUUCCGAGAACAUUGCUGUUUGAAGUUUGAUAUAUAACUGAUCUACAUUGGUGUUUUUAAGCAUUAUAUGCCAGGCAAUGUUGAAUUUCA